GUCUCUGUGUGUGUGUGUGUGUGCGUGUCUGUCUCUGUGUGUGUGUGUGUGUGUGUAUGCAGAUUUUCCAGAGCGGCGUGCGGCUCCUGCAGAACGUGCUAAGCGUGUGUGUGCGAGAGGCCCCGGGGCCCAUGGGCUCCACCGUCUGGGGCUGGCAGGACAUUCACCGCGUUCUCAAAGAGUUCGGCCCGCAGCAGAAGAGCUCGCCGAGACCGCUGUAUUUCGUCAAGGUGGAUGUGAGCGGAGCGUACGACAGUCUCCCUCAUCAGAAGCUGGUGGAGGUGUUGGGUGAAGUGCUGCGUGCGUUCUCUGAGCGGAGCUUCUUCGUGCGACAGUACGCUCGCGUCUGGAACAACCCUCACCUGGGCCUGAGGAAGCACUUCUGCACUAGAGUACGUGAGUGAGCACCAAUCAGUGAAUCAGACACACUGCAGCAAGUGUGUGACGUGUGUCUGUGUGUGUCUGUGUCUGUGUGUCUGUGUCU